UGGGCGGGCGCCCGGCGGGUCGGGGGUUCGGGCCCGGGGAGGGGCGGCCGGGGCUCCCAGGCUCCCGGGGUCCCGGUCCCGGCCGCGGUCCCUCCGCCAUGUGGCCGUGCGGGGGGCGGCGGCAGCGCCGCCUCGGGGGCGUCGCGCUGCUCCUGGUCGUGCUGUGGCUGCUGCUGCGCAGGUAUUACCCCUGCCUGCUGCCGGCUGUGUCAGAGCCCUGUGAGAAUGCUCUGCUACUCAGGUUUAACUGGAGCGAGCUGACCCCUCUGGGGCUGUGGGGGAGGACGCUGGGCCUGCAGACAGAGAGCUCCCAGUUCCUGCUGGAAGGGAUGCCCUUCCGCAUCCUCGGCGGCUCCAUGCACUACUUCCGCGUGCCCCGCGAGUACUGGGAGGAUCGCAUGCUCAAAAUGAGAGCCUGUGGCCUCAACACCCUCACCACCUACGUGCCGUGGAACCUGCACGAAAAGGAACGAGGCAAGUUUGACUUCAGUAAAAACCUGGACCUGAGGGCCUUCCUUUCCCUGGCAGCUAAAAAUGGGCUGUGGGUGAUUCUGCGCCCUGGACCUUACAUCUGCUCAGAGUGGGACCUCGGGGGCCUGCCCAGCUGGCUGCUGCAGGACCCCGAGAUGCAGCUGAGGACGACCUACAAGGGCUUCACAGAAGCUGUGGACGCUUACUUUGACCGCCUGAUGCGCGUCGUCGUCCCUCUCCAGUACAAGAAAGGAGGUCCCAUCAUUGCAGUGCAGGUGGAGAAUGAAUACGGUUCCUAUGCCAAAGACCCGAACUACAUGACCUAUGUGAAAAUGGCCCUGCUAAACAGAGGGAUCGUGGAGCUGCUGAUGACCUCGGACAACAAGAACGGGCUGUCCUUCGGCUUGGUGGAGGGAGCACUGGCCACUGUGAACUUCCAGAAGCUGGAGCCUGGGCUGCUGAAAUACCUGGACACAGUACAGAAAGACCAGCCCAAGAUGGUGAUGGAGUACUGGACCGGCUGGUUUGAUAACUGGGGAGGCCCUCACUAUGUCUUUGAUGCCGAUGAGAUGGUGAAUACUGUAGCAAGCAUCCUCAAAACAGGAGCAUCCAUCAACCUCUACAUGUUCCAUGGAGGCACCAACUUUGGCUUCAUGAACGGGGCUCUGGAAGCUGAUGAGUACAAGUCAGAUGUCACCAGCUAUGAUUAUGAUGCUGUGCUGACAGAGGCUGGGGACUACACAUCCAAAUUCUUCAAGCUGCGACAGCUCUUCAGCAUGGUCAUUGGCCAGCCCCUUCCUCUGCCUCCCAUGAUUGAGAGCAAGGCCUCCUAUGGUGCCAUCCUCCUGCACCAGUACAUCUCUCUCUGGGAUGUGCUGCCAGCUCUUUUACAGCCCGUUAAGUCAGAGCUCCCUGUGAACAUGGAGAACCUGCAUCUGAACGACAGCAUGGGGCAGCCCUAUGGAUAUGUGCUCUAUGAGACUGUCAUUUUUGGGGGGGGACACCUGCACACCAGGGACCACGUCCGGGACCGGGCACAGGUGUUUGUUAACACCAUGUAUGUGGGGGAGCUGGACUACAACACAGUGGAGCUCUCCAUUCCUGAGGGACAGCAGGGCUUCAGGCAGCUGAGGCUGCUGGUGGAGAACCGUGGCCGUGUCAAUUAUGGGCUGGCACUGAACGAGCAGAGGAAAGGCUUAAUUGGGGACGUCUUCUUGAAUAAAACCCCCUUGAGGAACUUCAAGAUUUACAGUUUGGAGAUGAAACCUGCCUUCAUGAAAAGCUUGCAGCACGUGCCUGGCUGGAGCACAGUCCCUGAUUACUUCGUGGGGCCGGCGUUCUUCCGCGGGAGGCUGUGGAUAGAGCAGCAGCCACAGGACACCUUCCUGAAGCUGCAGGGCUGGGAGAAAGGAGUGGUGUUUGUCAAUGGUCAGAACCUGGGGAGAUACUGGAAGAUUGGACCUCAGGAAACUCUUUACCUUCCUGGCCCCUGGCUAAGGAGAGGGGGCAACGAGAUUGUGAUCUUUGAGGAGCGCACGGCGGGCCGGAUCAUCCAGUCCGUGGACAUCCCUUACUUAGGACGGACCCAGUACGUGGACUGAGAGUGGACUGAGAGCUGCUUUCCCACGUUUGGCUCACCCUGAGCACUCCUGCUUGCAUGGCUGGGGACCUGAUGGCUCAGCACCUGGGCAUGCUCAUCUCCACUAGAGCCAGGGGAAGGAUUUGCCCUCUGGCCGUGAGGUCAGAGGAGAGGACGGCGAGGAAGCAGCGCCCUUGUUCCAUGGAUGGAUGGAUGGAUGGGUGAUGCAGCUCAUCCCCUGCCCUGCUGGGGCCCCCAGCCCGGAUGGCUGCGCAUGUUCUGGACCAUCUGGUGGAUGUGGGGGAGUAAAAAGGUGCUGGAGGCAGGUGAGAGAGAGAGAGAGAAAGAACUGAAGCCAUCUGAACUGGAAGCUGAGCUCAGCUUUCCCGGGACUUUCAAAAUGUGCUAUCCUUGGCCUCCUCGUUUUUAUAAUUAGGUAGGGAGAAAAUAGUUGGUGAACAUGUGAGUAAUCAGGUGUGGAAAACCAUUUUGGUGUGCUUUGAGGCAGAUUUUAGCAAGUCUCUCUGCAAAAAGCCAUUAUGUGUUCCCUUGUUGGAAGGCAAGGUGGUUGUCAAAUGACUUUUAAUUUCAGCUUUUUUUUCCACUAAGUUUUAUUAUGGAGGUCGUCUCUCUCUCAAAAGGAAAAAAAAGAAAAAAAAUUUAAAAGUGA